UUUGCCAUUGGAUUCAAUUGAAACAAAUAUUGUAUUCAAAUUGAUUUGUGCUCUUCUUAAAGGAUAUUUCAAUACAAAUAUCAAUAUUAGCAAUUGGGAGACAUAUUUGGAAAAGUUAUUUAAGAUUCAAUGGGUGGACAUCGAGAAGAAGAGGUCGCCAUUUGUUAAGUUUGAUGAUAAUGGCGAAGAAGUUGCGCUCAAAUUCAGUGAUUUACCGCUCCGAACGAAAGUCGAUAUAAUUCACUGUUUAUGUGAUUAUAGACUUUAUUCGGACGAUAUCUCACAAUUGGUUAACGAUAUUAGUGGUGAUGAAUAUCGUGUAGAACCGCUCGGAACUGAUAGCAAAGGUUAUAAUUAUUGGUACUUUUACGGGACGCGUCUCUACAGAGAGAAUCCAACGUUUGCUCAAGAAAUUGAAAGCGUGUCUCAAAAUUAUGAAGAAUUUGUGGCUAAAAGAGCCGAAGAAAUCCGAUUAGCGAAACACAGAACAGAAGUGGAGCUCAAGAAACAGACACUUCUUGAGGAAAAGCGAAAGAAAGAGGCGGAGAAACGAAACCGAAGUUUACCUCCAAAAGUGUUGGGCUUUCGGACUGGACUCAGGCAGAGAAAGUCGGACCAAAGUCUGCCAAACGGUAUCCAUUCGCCCAAAACUGUUACAAAAAGUGCUUCGAGUGUGGAAUCAAAUAAUAAAAAGUGUGAAAAUAAGA